AUGGCGGCGCCCCCGCUGAGGAGACGGGCCGAGGUUGGGGUCACCUUUGAGGACAUUGCCCUGUACUUCUCCAGGGAGGAAUGGAGCCUCCUUGAUGAGGGUCAGAGACAGCUGUACCUGAAUGUGAUGCUGGAGAACUUUGAACUUCUGUCCUCCCUGGGUUGCUGCUGUGGAGCAGAGAAUGUGGAGGUACCGAUGGAACAGAAGGUUUCUGUAAGAGUGUCACAGGCAAGGAAUCCCAAGGUAGCCUUGUCUUCCCAGAAGAGCCACCCCUGUGAGAGUUGUGGAAUAGUCUUGGGAAAUAUUUUCCACAUGAUGGAUUUUCAGGGAACACAACAUGGACAGAUACUGUUGAGGUGUGGGGCAUGUGCCAAACGGUUUUACUUCAGUGUAAAAUUUCACCAGCAGCAUGUGAGAGAGAAGACUUUCAUUAGAGGGUUGGACAGGACCUCACUUGCAAACAGCUGCAAUUUAAAUGUGUCCCAGAAUCGUUUCACUUGCGGGGAGGUUGGACAGGGUGUCCUUACUGAAUUAGGACAUCUCCACCUAAAUCCUCUUCAGACCAAAAGCAGUCCAAGAGGCACUGGUCGCCAAUAUCAUGAGAGAGUUCACACAGGAGAAAAGCCUUAUCAAUGCAGUGAAUGUGGGAAAUCUUUUGCCACUAAGAGUCACCUUCGUAGUCAUCAGAGAGUUCACACUGGAGAAAAGCCUUAUCAAUGCAGUGAAUGUAGGAAAUCUUUUGCCACUAAGAGUCACCUUCGUAGUCAUCAGAGAGUUCACACUGGAGAAAAGCCUUAUAAAUGCAGUGAGUGCGAGAAAGCUUUUGCCAGGAACACCGACCUUCAUAAUCACCUAAGAGUCCAUACAGGAGAAAAGCCUUAUAAAUGCAGUGAAUGUGGGAAAUCUUUUGCCUGGAACAGUGUUCUUCGUCAUCAUCAGAUAGUUCAUACAGGAGAAAAGCCUUAUAAAUGCAAUGAAUGUGGAAAGUCUUUUACCCGUCGCGCUGCUCUCCAAUAUCAUCAGAGAGUUCACACAGGAGACAAGCCUUAUAAAUGCAGUGAAUGUGGAAAGUCUUUUACCCGUUGCUUUGGUCUCCAAUAUCAUCAGAGAGUUCAAACAGGAGAAAAGCCUUAUCAAUGCAUUGAAUGUCGGAAAUCUUUUACCACUAGCAGCUACCUUCAUAAUCAUCAGAGAGUUCAUACAAGAGAAAAGCCUUAUAAAUGCAGGGAAUGUGGAAAGUCUUUUACCUUUAGUACUUACCUUUGUGCUCAUCAGAGAGUUCACACUGGAGAACAGCCUUAUAAAUGUAGUGAAUGUGGGAAAUCUUUUAAAAGUAGGAAAGGUCUUCAAUAUCAUCGCAAAGCUCACACUGGAGAAAGCGGUUAUGAGUGCAAUUAAUGGGAGAUAUCUCUCAGUCUAAUUUGUAAGUUAGCUUUACAGAAAAGAUUCCGGCUGUGAUAAGGUUUUUAGAUGUGUAGGAAAUGUAGUUUGUUACUUAGGACUUAACAAUUGUAUAAGAAAAUAAGUAAAGUCUCAUUAGUUUGAAUUAUAUCUCAUAUAUUUGAUCAUCGACAUUAUGUAACGUCCCCACAACUGUUUCUGGUGUUCUAUUUCUUUUUAUGUUGGAAGUAUGCGUAUCUAUGUUGCACUUUCUAACAUACAGAGAUUCCUGCCAGAUCUCUGUCACUGCAUAUUUCUGUUACUGAAGGUAUUUCCCCUGAUCCACCUAUAUUAUAGCGUCCUAUAAAGUCCCUAUAGAUGGCAUCAAUCACCAUCCUCAUGGGCCCAGGGAAGCUAACUGUGUUGUCUAAAUCGUUGAAGAAAAUAGGAAUACCUCAUCCCUUAGUUCUCGUAUCCCUGCCAUGAGUCGCCACAUAGGACUGAUUACUAUUGGUGCCAAUAAACUUUAUGCAGAAGAUCUGCCAUUUUAAGGGACACACUUUCCUACAUGCUAAUGUUGAGUUUAUUUAUUGAGUGCCUAAGUCAUCAAGGGGAGAACUGCCGGUCUCAGGUCUCUUUCUUUGAAAAAUAAUGAAGGCUUUUUCCUAGGACUUCUUUAAUGCUGGGUGUUCUAUUUACUGUGUGGGUUAGUUUAUGAGAAGUUCUGGGCUCUCCACUCAUGAUGAUUGGAAAACUUUUAUGGGGUCUCAAACAUUUUUGCCCUUGGGGAAAGACUAUGGUGUAGAAAUUAGCUCAGCAGUUUUUGCCAAAUUUACAGUGCAGCCCAUAAUUUUGCAGGAAACAAUGUGGACUCUAUUCCUCAUGUGAAAAUGGAUGUUUUGAGACACAGAAGUCACUCAGAAGAGGGGGUAGCUGUGACAACCUCAAGUAUGUCUGGGAGCAGCGUGAUUAUUUUUGUUUUCAAGGGAUGCUAAGACAUUUGAAGGGAUUCUUUUCCCCAGGUGUUGCAGAGGGCCAUGUGCUCUAAUGCCUUCAAUUCCAUGGGUGACGGGCACUGGUUGGAGGACCAUCGCAGUGAGGACCUUCACUGCAGAAAUACUGACCUAAUUCCAUUACAGGGAGUGGACUUCAGCUAAACCUGCACCCAGAACUUUUUUUGAGAAAAGACUACAGGAGCGGUCUGUACACAGAUCUGCGGGACUCCUGGCAUGUUUAUCUUCUGUUCAGCAGUCAUUGUCAUUGAUUAUAAUCAAGAGGUUUUGUGGUUUCUUGUAGCUUCUCAGAUAUUCCCAUCAGAGCCAUUGGUGCGCUGGCAGCAAAACUAAGAGGAAAAUAAAGUGUGUCUUUAGGCCGGAGAUGGGGCUUUUGAGACCCAGUCAACAUUCCAGUGGGUUUGGGUGAAAGUUCUUCAUUAUUUGUUACAUUUUCUGUCACUGAACUGAGACUCGCCCAGAGGGCAUAAGAAUG